AUGGUGAGUGUUUCGGUUCUCGCUGUCUAUCUAUCGUUACUUAUUGGAAUAAAAUAGUUGAUAUACGGGAUUCAAACUUUAUUUAAGAAUGGGAGAAUGCUGUCACAUUGGUUCUGAUAGUGGCUGGUGACAUUACACGCAAUAUUGGAGUCGCUGUGAGCUGAUAAUGGGCUAACUGUAAUUGGCUAGUUAGCUAAACAAAGAUGUCAAAAUGUGAUUUAUCUUUUACUCAGAGCCGAAUCAAGGACUUAGUCUACGCUCUGCAGCUAGUGUAACGCCAACAGAUCGUGUUUGAAGACGAAAAGCACGACUAAAGAUGCAUUGUGGAGCCUUGUUUUUACAUUUACAGCAAAGGCAGAGUACAUUUACAUUAAAACUGACGAAAAACGUGUCUUUAGUUCUGAACUACGUUGUUGUUUGCUUGUUUCUGAAAUUGUCGGCUGUUUUUUAUCCUAAUAUAAUCCUGCUAUUUCCUGUCUAACUGAAUGGCAUCUCAUGUCUGCAGGCAAAAGCAACUACAGUGAAAGAGGCACUGGCUAAAUGGGUGAGUCUUAUCCAAAAUAACUUAAGAAACUAGGAGGAUAUACUGUAUGAUUCUGUGCCUUAGACCUGCUUCAGUGGCCAAUUAAAUAUCUUGUGGCCUAACAACUUUCCCCCCCCCCCCCCCCCCCCCCAAAAAAAAAAUAAAAAUAAAAAAAUAAAAAAAUAAAUAAAAAAUGUUCUCUUUAAAAAUUAGCUUUGUUGCUUUAUUGAACUGGAGUCAUACUGCAAUAACUUAAAUAAAUGAUGCACCACCUUAAACCAAAUGCUUUGACAGGAAAGCAAUUUAAGCAGCAUAAUAAGUCAACAACAUGAUGUAGUGGACUGCUGACAGAUGGAUCAUUAUGGAGCUGUGUUUUUUGUAUGCUAGAUGUAAUUUUUGUAUUUGUGUGUUUCUGUGUGUGUCAACAGGAGGAGAAGUCCGGAGAGAAAGCGAGCGAGGCUACAGAAGUUAAACUGUAUGGUCAGAUUCCUUCUAUAGCCAAAAUGGAUGCUUUGCUCUCUACACUCUCAAAAUGCGAGUGAGUCCUUCACCAGAUCUGUGUCUUAUCUGGACUAGUUUUUAUACUAUACAACACAUAUUGAUGUGCUUUAUUUGUACAGCAAUUAAUCUGACACUGGCUAUAUGCUGGAGCCUUCCUGAAAGGUCUAACAAUUCCCCUCACAUGGUCAAAAUGAACAAAAAAUGGCAUUUUGCUUUGUUUCAUGCAAGGAGUUUUAUAAAAUCGCUGGAGGAUUUGCAAGGAUUUGAAAAAUUGUUUUAAUUUGAAUAUUUUAGGGACUUAACCUCACCUAUAACUUAAUUGUCAGAGUGGUGUCAGUGUAGAUAUAAAAGGCUAAAAUAAAAAAGCUUCUUUCUGUGCACCUUCAGUCAAAGCAGUGUGGUGCCUGGUUAGUGAGGUCAGUUUCCUUUGCAAAUACAAUUAAACCAAUGAAAGCCAAUCUCCUGUCAGCUUUUGUCUCCUGUUGUAACUGUUUGGAGCAACUUACAAACACAAAUGAGUGAUAAACUGAUACUUCAGUCAAGGUCUGCUGAUGUUACCUACAUAAACAUGCAGAGAUGGAGAUAACCACAGACUCCAAAACUGAAACAUUAAUUGUGUUUAAGUCAUACCAGCAUGUCAUUUUUCAAAUACCUGAUGAGUAAAUGGUCUGUGUCCUCCACAGGAAACUCUCUCUGUCCACAAACUGCAUUGAGAGAAUUGCUAAUCUUAACGGCUUGAGUGAGUGCUCACUGCAUGAACACAGACAGUAUCAUCACACAUGAUCACAGUUAUCAGUUUAUAUGAACUUCAGUAAAAUUAUUUUUUUAUGUGCUUCCAGAGAACUUGAAGAUAUUGUCAUUAGGAAGAAAUAAUAUAAAGACUUUAAAUGGGCUGGUAAGUCACAUUAGAAGCAGAGUUUAUACCCAGCAGUUGUUAUACUUGUACAGCUUUAGUGAUUUACAAAUGAACGCUUUGUAGAGUCAUAUCUACUAUGUAGUGUGUUUUUAUUUGUGAAUGUUUGAGCAGGAAGCAGUAGCAGACACAUUAGAAGAACUUUGGAUCUCCUAUAACCAGAUAGAAAAACUGAGGGGAAUCUCCGUCAUGAAGAAUCUCAAAGUCCUCUACAUGUCCAACAACCUGGUCAAAGAUUGGAGUAAGCUACAUUCAUGAACAAAGUUCACAAAAUAAGAUAGUUGGAGGAGUAAUGUUUGACCCUGUUGGUGCAUUAACUGCAUUUUUGGGGCAGUUUUCAAAUGGACAUGAAAACUUUAAUGACUCAGUGACUCUGCAUCUUAAAGAAAUAACUGUAUCUUAUAUUUAACUUUAUAUACUGUUGGUUUGUUGUGGCCUUUUUAUAUUGUAUAAAGUUUGUUUCCUGUCUUGUGCAGGGGAGUUUAUGAGGCUGGCUGACCUGCCGUGUCUCGUAGACCUGGUGUUUGUUGGAAAUCCUCUGGAGGAAAAGUACUCAGCUGAGGGAACCUGGAUGGAUGAAGCCUCGAAAAGACUCCCCAAUCUGAAAAAACUAGAUGGUGAAAAUGGGGCAGUAGCAUUUAUUAAGACAUUCUUAAUCCUAACCAAGAACUCAUAUAUGAGCAAAGCAAUAAUUUACUGGUCCUUGUGCAUGUUGAAGUACUUAAGUGUACUUAUUUUAACUCAUUUUUUAAGAUUAUUUACAGUUGACUAUUUUGAUAAGUCAGGUGUGGUCAUUUGAUGUUGAAUGAGCUGAGCAAAAAAAAAGAUUUGUUCAGAAAAUAGAAAACAGAAAAAGUUCAAACAAAGGGCUUUGGAGGGUAAUAAGAGAGCUAAAUCUAGCCCAUGAUCCCUGACAAAGAAAUGUCAUAAACUGAACCAAGUUAGAUGACUGAGUUUAAAAUUUGGUUUAAAUAUCAAUUGAAGAAAAUGAAAAGAAAUGUAAUUUCAAGCAUUUUUAAAUUAAAUAAGUGUUUUACAGGGUGUUUUAUGAGUACCACCUCCCACACCCACACCCAGGCCAAUACACGUUAGGUAUGCUUAAAAUUCAAAAUAUAUACUGACAGCUGUUUGAGGUACACUAUAACAAAGCAAUACAAACUUAAUUUUCAGAACUUUUAUUCCAUAACUUCACUAUUAAGACAUUGAUCGCUUUUUUUAUUAUCAGGAACCCCGGUCAUCAACCAAGAAGAGGACGAAGGAGAGGGAGACGACUGA